AUAUUGAAGAUAGAACCGAGCUCAUUCCAUUUCUUCCUUCCUCUCUUCCUGCUCUGCUUGUGCUCGAGAGUGGGAGACAUGAGGGCGAUCAGAGAACUCGAAGAAGUGGGCGUCCAUCACACAGCUCAAAGCAGCGCACUAUCACGUGCCCAAGAAUUCUUUAACGAGUGGGAGCUCCAGUGCAUGGUGAUGGCCAGCUUCUCCCUGCAAGUCUUCCUCUUCUUGUUCUCUGGCUUCCGCAAACGGCACGGCUCCCGCAUCCUCAGCGUGCUUCUCUGGCUUGCCUACGUUUCCGCCAACCCCCUCGCGGUUUUCAUACUCGGCCGUCUCACCCUCCAUGGGGGUGGCAAUCAGCUUGCCCUCUUCUGGGCACCCUUCCUGCUGCUCCAUCUCGGUGGGCAGGAGACCAUGACGGCCUUCUCCAUGGAUGACAACUCGCUCUGGAAGCGCCACCUUCUCAGCCUUGCCACACAGGUGCCAACGGCCGUCUACGUUGUCAGCAAGCAACUGCGUGGAGAUGAUCGACUGCUCAUGGCUCCCAUGGUGCUCGUGUUCGUCUCCGGGACAGCUAAAUAUGCUGAGAGGAUCUGGGCACUUAGAAGGGCUGGCUCAGUUGCACCUGGAUCAAGUAGAACGACUUCGAAUCUUGUUUCUCGUGCAUCCAGUGACGCCGUCUGGGACACCCAGGGCUUUUACGGUCAGCUGUGUUCUGUUAUCUCAAAAAAGAAGGAGAGAAAUUUUGAGGUCAUCCUGAAUGUGGCAGUCGAGGGCUUCAAACUAAGCCUGCACUUUCUGUUGGACAUGACCCCUUCAAUCUCUCUUCUUCCUGAUGAUAUCAAGGAGAUCAAGCAGGCCGUUGAGGUGUUUAAAACUUCGGAGAACAUAGUCCACAUGGCGUACAAGUUGGCCGAGAUCAAUCUCUCGUUGAUCUAUGACUACUUGUACACUAAGUUCGGUACACGACAUUUCCACAUUGCCCCAGGUUGUAGCGGUUUCCACCGGAUUGCCACUCUUGCACUAACGUCAGCGGCGCUUGGGUUGUUCGUGAAGGGCAUGGCUGGUCAGAAGGGCCACGAUGCAGCUGAUGUUAUUAUAUCUUACGUGCUACUUGUAGGUGCCAUCGUACUGGAGACAUGCUCUAUAUUUGUGGCAUUCAUCUCGUCAUGUUGGGCUUACAAGACAGCCAUUUCGUGUUCACUAACAUGCCCACUGUGCCGAAUGUUUCCUUGUGUAAUUGCAGCCAUGGUGAGCAUUGCAAGGCAUCUCCAUCCAGAAAAACAAGGAGAGUGGUCGGCAAAGAUGGCGCAAUACAGCAUUAUCGGAGAUUGCAUCAAGAAGAAACAAGAAUCUGGCUUGUUGCGACGGACGAUGAGUUGGAUCGGAAUCGGCCAACAGGCUGUCACACAUAUAGGCAUCUCAGCUGAGGUCAAGAAGCUCCUCCUAGAUAAAUUGCUGGACAUAGCAGCCACUCCACGUGUGCAUGAAUGGGAUAUUGGUGUUGGCAAGUUCAGUGGCCAAUGGGCGCAAUGGGUGGUUGAAGCAAAGCAAGAUCAUCACCAGAGUGCAGCUCAGCAGGUGCUCCAGGUAAGCAACAUCCAAGGUUUGGAGUUUGUGUCAAGCGUGCUUCUUUGGCAUAUUGUCACAGACAUAUGCUUGCUCUCUGCUGACGUUGAUGUCGACGGAAGCUCAUCUCAUGAAGCACAAUUACAUGGUGGUUCUUCUCAUCAUGAGGAAGUACAUAGCGGUUCCCUUCAUGGAGCACAUUUUGAUGGUGGUUCUUCUCACCAUGAGAAUGUAGAUGGGAGCUCCUCUGAUGAAUUGCAUUUAGGUUCUUCUCACCACGGCAAUGUAGAUGGCGGCUCCUCUCAUGAGGUGCAUUUAGAUGGUGAUUCACCUCACCAUGAAAAUGUAGACAACAUCUCCGGGCUCAGAGGCAUUGCUCGAGAGCUGUCACACUACAUUAUGUACCUCAUCGCAGAUUGCGGUGCCAUGGCUGGCAGUGAAGGGCAUUACGUGGUCAUUAGGGGAAAGCGCGAGAUGUCGCGCUGGCUGCUUGAGAAGAGUGCGAGUUGUGAUAGGAGGAAGGUGAUUCAGGACAUCCGUGAUGAAGAAAGCUCUUUCUUCCAUGAAAACUACUACCCCGUGCUGGAUCGAGCUCGUCGGGUUGCCUCGGACUUGCUUAAGAUGGGAGAAGCGGCCGACUGUUGGGAGCUGAUCGUUGCGGUGUGGUUAGAGAUGCUUUGUUACAUAGCGUGCAACUGUGGCGCCGCAUUCCACGCCAAGCAUCUAACGACAGGUGGCGAGUUUGUCACUCAUGUCAAGAUGCUCCUGUUUAUGCUAGGGGUGCCUUUUCUGAGGGAUGUGAAGGAGCCGCUGUUUUCAAAAGCUGGGGAUAUCUAUUCAUAAUUUGAUUAUUUCAGACUCUGUUUUGCAGCAGGCUCCAUGUAUUUGGAUUGUAAUGAUGUGGAACAUUCAACCAUGCUGUGACAGAAACAAGCUAGGGGGUCCAACUUUGGUUUUAUGCAUGGUCCAACCUUGUUUGAUUUUAAUAGAUCUUUGUCUCUGUAAAGAUGUGAGUCCACUUACAUUGGGACUUCAUCAACUUAUAACUAGCAGUACAAGGUAGAGUUGCAAUCGGACUCUUAUAAACACUGAGAUAUAUAAAGGUGUGCAAAUGAUCCU